GCAGGCAGGAGCUGUCCGUAAGCCCUAGUGCUGAAGUAGGCGCGGACGUGCUUGGGUGCCCGCCGCGUGGUACCCGGCGCCCGGUGCCCGGGCCAGAGAAGACCAUGGCGUUCAUGGUGAAGACCAUGGUGGGCGGCCAGCUGAAGAACCUUACUGGGAGCCUGGGGGGCGGCGAGGACAAGGGGGACGGGGACAAGUCGGCCGCCGAAGCGCAGGGCAUGAGCCGAGAGGAGUAUGAGGAGUACCAGAAGCAACUGGUGGAAGAGAAGAUGGAGCGGGACGCGCAGUUCACUCAGAGGAAGGCAGAGCGGGCCACGCUGCGGAGCCACUUCCGAGACAAAUACCGGCUGCCCAAGAAUGAGACAGAUGAGAGCCAGAUCCAGAUGGCAGGUGGAGACGUGGAGCUGCCCCGGGAGCUGGCCAAGAUGAUUGAGGAGGACACAGAGGAGGAGGAGGAAAGGGCCUCGGUCCUUGGGCAGCUGCCCAGUCUCCCUGGCUUGGACCUUGGCUCACUUAAGGACAAGGCCCAGACCACACUGGGGGGCCUCAAGCAAUCAGCUGAGAAGUGCCGCAUCAUGUGACUACUUCCUCUGGGGUUGCCCACGGGGGUGACCAGAGGGCUGGCCCCACGUAAGUGCUAACAGCAUGCCUCAAAUUCCAGGGACCCAUAGCCCAUCUUGGCUUUGUUUCCCUGCCCCAGGCCAGCCCCAGGACCCUUCUCAUCCAUGGCUCCAAUCUGCCUUCUGCUUUCUCCCUCUCCCAUGAGACCCAAGUCUCCAUUCCUCACCCUACCCCUCAGGACCCACCCUCCCUACUCAGCCUGGGAAGGCCUCCCAAGAUUGUAAGAAUAGGCCCGACCCUCUCUGGCCAUGGCCCCAAGUUCCUGAACAUAGAAGUACACAUAGAGGGACACACAGAGGGACACAGAGACCCUGCAUGUGCAGAGGGAUAUGCCGCAGAUGCAUCCUGGCCCACGCAAACACAAACACAGGCCAGCUCCCCUGGGUGCCUAGCUCCUCUAGACACCGACAUUCAGAUGCGCUUAGAGAGGGGCUUGAGGCAGACACCCUCAGCAGUCAGGAGGCCUGAGUUCAAGUCUCCACAUUUAUUCUCCUUAAAACCCAGUGUCCUUUCUGGGCCUUAUUUCAUCAUCUGUAACAUGGGAACGGACUGGGUGAUUUCUAAGACUUUCUAGCUUGGCCUCCCCGGCCCCUAAGAGUCAACCCCACAGCCCUCGUUGGGUAGGGCAGCAGCUGCAGCCACAGCCUUAAGCGGCUGCCACCGUGGGCUCUGGCUCUCGGAAGCUGAGUGAUGCUGUGAGGGGCCUAGUGCCAAGGAUGAAGCUGGCACUGAACAGCAGCCCAGGUGGCUCCGGGCCUUCUCUGGGCCCAGGGCCCAGCCAAUUUCUGUUCUGUUCCUGUAGAACUCUCUCUGGAUUCCAUAGCUGGAUUUCCUCUCUCAGCUCAGUGAAAAAUAAAAAUUCCAGAUGACCUGCCUAUUCUCCCA